AUGUCCGGGUGGAACGUCAACGCCGCGUCAUUCGUCCCGAACGUGAACGCGCGGCCGUUCGUGCCGGGUCAAGCCUAUCAGGCCCCUCAGCAGCCGCAGCAGCCUCCCCCACAGCCAGACCAAGCAUGGGACGCCGAGCCGGAAACAGUUGAACAAGCACCAGCUCCCGUACCAGAGCCCACGCCAGCCGUGGCCAAGCCUUCUCCGCCGCCGGAGCCUGUUGUGGAAGAGCCCAAGAAGGAAGUGGAAAAGGAAAAGAAAGAAAAAGAAGAUGUGGUCGCGCCGCUGUCACGAAAGUUUGAACGGGCCACCAUUGAUCCCAAAACGCGCAAAGAGCACGUGAACAUUGUCUUCAUCGGGCAUGUCGACGCCGGCAAGUCUACGAUUGGCGGCCAGAUUAUGUUCCAGACUGGCAUGGUGGACAAGCGGACACUGGAAAAGUAUGAAAAGGACGCCAAGGAAAAGGGCCGAGAAAGCUGGUACCUCUCCUGGUGCAUGGACACUAACGAGGAGGAGCGUGACAAGGGAAAGACAGUCGAAUGCGGACGCGCCUUCUUCGAGACGGAGCGCAAGCACUUCACGAUCCUCGACGCCCCCGGCCACAAGUCGUUCGUCCCGAACAUGAUUUCCGGUGCCAACCAGGCCGAUCUGGCUGUUUUGGUAAUCUCGGCUCGCAAGGGUGAAUUUGAGACGGGCUUCGAACGUGGUGGCCAAACUCGCGAGCACGCGCUGUUAGUGAAGACUGCUGGCGUCAAGCACUUGAUCAUCCUGGUGAACAAGAUGGACGACCCGACGGUGGAAUGGGAUCAGGGAAGGUACGACGAGAUCCAUGGCAAACUGACGCCCUACUUGAAGAAGUGCGGCUUCAACCCGAAGACCGACAUCACCUACAUCCCGUGCUCUGGAUUGACUGGAGAUUUCAUCAAGGACCGGCCGACCGACUUGACGAAGGGCUCAUGGUACAGUGGACCCUGCUUCAUCGAAUACAUUGACAACCAGAUGGCGUCCAUCAAUCGUGACUACGACGGCCCCGUUCGGUGCAUCGUCGUGGACAAAUAUACGGACAUGGGCACGAUCGUUUUCGGCAAAAUGGAAUCCGGCGUCGUGGCAAAGAAUCAGUCGCUCCUGCUCAGCCCCAACAAGACAAUGGUGCAAGUUCUGCAAUGCUGGUGCGACGACGUCGAGGUGGACAAGGUGGCCGCCGGCGACAACGUCAAGUUCAAGCUGAAGGGAGUUGAGGAAAGCGAACUGCAGGGUGGCUUCGUCCUGUCAUCCCCUGAUGCGCCCGUGAAAGUUGGCCGAAUCUUUGAUGCAGAGGUGCUAAUCAUGGACUACAAGUCGAUCAUCGCUCCUGGCUACACCUGCGUGCUGCACAUCCAAUCGGCCGUCGAAGAAGUGGUUGUCAAGCUCGUCAUCGCCACCGUCGACAAGAAGACGGGCGAGAAGAAGCGCGCCAAAUUCGUGCGCCAGGACGACAAGUGCAUCCUGCGCUUCGAGAGUCAGGAGCCCUUCUGCCUGGAGCCGUUCAAGGAUUUGGCGACGUUGGGACGGUUCACGCUUCGAGACGAGGGCAAGACGCUGGCCAUCGGAAAGGUGCUGAAGGUCAUCGAA